AUGGCGGUAUCGCACCGAGAGUCUGUGCUCACAUCCUCAUGUAUCCAGCCCCCAGUAAAUCCGCGCACCCGAGCACCUAUUACCCUGUAUGAGCGGCAGGAAGAAGAGAGGAAGCAGCCCCGCUCUACACAGCCGGAUUAUCAGGAUUCUGAAGACAGCAGCGAUGAGGAGCAUAGCAAGAACUGGAAGUGUAAAAAUUGGGUUUUGGACAUCUCUAAGAUAUGUGACUCAGACACAGGAUAUUAUAUGCAGCUUGAGAGACUAAAAAAUGCUCAUCUACAUAGCAUGGAUGAUUUGCAAAAAAUGUACGAAAAUAAAUUAUACCUGAAAGGUGUGCAGAGUAUAAACACUGAACAGAGGUGUGACGUAGUCAGGUCAGCAUGGGAGCAGCCAGUUGAAUUUGACAAGUGCUUUUUGAAACCAGACUACACUGGUAAUGUUUCUUCGGGUUUGUCCGACUCAUCUAGGAUUGAAUUGACAGAUGAAGAACAUAGCAGUGAUUCAGAAAGUGUGUCAUCCGCAAGAGAGAGAAUUGGUCAGAUGUGGAACGGAUUUUCAGUUGAUGAUUAUAUAAAAAACCUUGAGUUAGACACCUACACCAAAGGAAAAGCUAGGAGAAAAAAGUCCAAAGAAUGGUCACAUAAAAUUACCAUUCCUCAACCUUUCAGUAUGAUGACUCGAGAAACCAAGAAAAAAGAGAUGAAUGCCAAGUCAAAGUCUGAGAUUGAACUUGAUAACCUUUUUCUAAAAAAGAAAUUAGAAGAAGAAGCAGAAUGUCAGAAGAAGUUCAGGGCCAAUCCUGUCCCAGCUUCUGUGUUUCUUCCACUUUACCAUGAAAUAGUAGAGAGAAAUGAGGAGAGGCGAAGGUUUGUGAAGGAACGGAGCAAGGAGAUUUUACUAGCUUCUCAGAAGCCCUUCCAGUUUAUUGAGAGAGAGGAACGUAAGAAAGAAUUUAGAAAGUUUCAGCUCAUGAAACUUCCAGCUUCUGUAAAAAGUAGUAGCCAUUUUAAAGCAAAACCUGUGCCCAAGUUUAUUUAUGGAAGCACCGCCAGUGAAAGAUCUAAAGAGGAAGAGUUGUAUCGAGGGAUCAGAACACACAUGAGAGCACAAGAACUCUUAUGUAGCUCUUCUUAUCCAACUGCAAUGCUGGCCCCAAAAGCCAGCAUGGGAAAUACCAAACUGAAAUGCUACAUUCCAAAAGAUGAACAAAAACACAAGCCAAAUAUUAACACUUGUAUUCCAAACUUUAAAGCACUGCAUCAGAAGCAAGAGGAACAGAUUUUAAAAAAUAAAAAAGCCAGGCAUGUUACUAUUUGUGAUUCUUUUCAUCUUCGUACAGGACAAAUUGCAUCUCAUAAAGAGAAAAUUCUCAGGGACAUUGAAGUGGAUGAAGAGCAGUUAAAGGAAACUCGCUGGCCAUAUAGAUCUCCAAGACACCAGGAACAAAUAAAGCCAUAUGGUGUUCACUUGUCACCAUGUGAAGAAGCACCAACUCCUAGAUCAACAGAAUCUUCAAAAAGAAGACAGCAAGCAAUCAGAAAUCAUGAAAAGCAGAAAACAAAGCAGUAUCUGGAGGACUUGGUAGCAAUGGAAGAGCGAGUGAGCCGGAAACCAUUACUAUUUGAGAGAGCAAUGCAGAAAAAUGCUCGUCUUGCUGCAGAAAAGCACUAUACAAAUGUGCUAAAAAGACCUGGGGCUAUGUGAAGAUUUUGUUUCAAGCAAAGGACAGACUGCUACUUUCUACAAUGAUGCUCACGACCAAGAGGAAGA